AUGGUGCACGUCCUGCUGCCCAUCGUCGCGGGCUGCGUUGCGCCGGGCCUCAAGGCCGUGGGCCUCUUCGUCUGGGCCGACUGCUGGGCGCACGACGCCGUCGCGCUCAACGGCUUCAAGAGCUCGCUCGCGACCGGCCUCUUCGCGGCGCUCGUCGCCGCGCUCCACCGAAGGGCCGUCGCGGCCGAGUCGCUGCGCAUCCUGGGCGCGAAGCGCAUGAUCGCCAUCGACGCGACGAAGCCCUUCGUCGGGGCCGCGUUCGGCUGGCUGUUCCUCGGCGACGCCGUCGGCGCGCUCGGCUACGCGGGCGUCGUCGCGACGACCGCGGGCGUCUACCUGCUGAACCGCGCGGAGCCCGCGGAGGACGACGACGAGAAGCGCGCCGCGCUGCGCGACGAGGAGAAGGACGAGACGCGCGCGGCGGAGGAGGCGGUCGCCGCGGAAGCAGCCUCGUCGGAGGCGCGGUGGCGCCUCGGCUACGCGCUCGCCGUGGCGAACGUGCUCUGCGACGUCGCGGCGGCGACGAUCACCGUCGCGCGGCGCCGCCGGCUCACGUCCGAGGAGGUGAACUUGAUCCGCUUCGGCAUCUCGUCCGCGCUGCUCGACGUUUUUUUGUUCUCUCGGCGGCUCCGGCGGCCGAAGGCGGCCGCGCCGCCGGCAAUGACGCGCCGCGCCUGGCGCAACGUCGUCUUCGGCGUGGUCUGCGUGACGUUCCUGACGCCGCUGAUCUACACGUGGACCAUGUUCGUCCUGCCGCUGUCCGUCGCCAUCACGCUCUCCUCGCUCGCGCCGAUCUACUCGCUCCCGGUCGGCGUCUACCACGGCGAGCGCGCCACGCGCGGCGCGGCCGCGGGCGCGGCGCUCGCGGUGGGCGGCGUCGCGUGCCUCGCGUUCGCGCAUCGGCGGCAGCUCCCGCUGCUGGCGCUCUUCGGUGUAGGCAUCGGCGCCGGCGUCGCAUGCGCGUUCGGCACCGUCCGAUGGCGACGACACACGGGCGACGCCGCGCGGCGCCGCCUGCUCGGCGCCGAGGACGUGGACUGCGUCGCCGGCGCCGGCUGGGGCGGCGCCAAGUCCGUGGACCGCCUCGGCGCGCUGCAGCACGUGAACCACGACAUCCCCGCGGCGAUCCAGACGGGCCCGACCAAGGCCUGGCUCCUGGGCCACGGGCAUUGGGACGGCCACCUCGACGCGACCCUGGUUCCGGACGCGUGCCGCGAGCUCGACGUCGUCGUCGCCAACUCCGCCGCGGACCGCUGCCUCGUCGUCUCCUCCGCGGCGACGACGGCCGUGCCCCACCACGUCACGCGCUGGGAGCGGUCGUCGACGCACGCGACGGGCUGGGCGACGAUCUCGCGGAUCCGCGAGAGCAAGCAGCGCAUGCCCGGCGAGGUCACGCGGAAACGAGCGAGAACCCUCGCCGUGCGCUUACUCUCAAAAUUGGACAACAUCGCCGACGGGUCCUACGAGCCCUACUGCUUCCACAUGUGCUGGACGGCCGGCAAGGCCGACAAGCUGAAAUUCCUCAAGCAGGAGAAGCUCUGGUACCUCGAGCGGCACUGCGAGCUCGACGCGCUCGGCGGCGCGGACGACGCGCGGCUCCGGAAAUGCGCGACGGGCGACUCGUGCCCCGUGCUCGCGGGGAUGUAG